UGUAGCUUCAAUUUUGCGACAAUCCGCGCUGUCUGAAUAAAGAUAUUAAAAUUCAAAGUGCUCUGUUUGAAAUUUGAAAUCCGCCAUGUUUUUUUUGGAUUUUUAUUUCUAUGUCUGUGACGUCAUCUAGUUGCAAACCUGCUUUCUGCCGAGUGCUCACUGCUGUCUGCUAGCGUCAUCUAGUUGCAAACCUGCUUUCUGCCGAGUGCUCACUGCUGUCUGCUGCAUGCAAACAUGCUAAGUCGUGUUUUUAGAGUUAUAAGAGUUGAUUGUCAGUCUGUUGCAUGAGGUAGAUAAGGCGUUUUAGGUAACAACAGGUUAACUAUUUUUAUCAACAUUACUUUGGUAUUAAUGAUUCACUUAAUAAACGAUUAAACUUGUCUUAUCGGCACACUAGACCAGCACCAGCCAACAAACUAUUGACUUUUAUAUUGUUACUUUUAUAUUGGUCGGUAAAUUUUGGGUCUUUUCCACAGUUUUGAAAUAAUAUUAGCCAUGCCCCAUUGUGUAGCAGUUGCCUGUACUAAUCAGUACAAAGGUAAAAAGAAUGCAGAUGUCAGCUAUCACAGCUUUCCUAAAAAUAAAAAGAUAAAGAAGGCUUGGGAGAUUGCAGUUAGCCGAAAAAAUCUUCCAUCAGACCCAUAUCUGUGCAGUGAUCAUUUUACCCAGGAUUGUUUUGAUGAAAGCAGUUUGCUGAAUGACAUUGUAUUAAGUUUUAUCAUUUGUAGGUCGUAAAGGAACUCCUAGAGGUAGAUCAACAACUGUCAACUGCAGAUUUUGAAUCCCUAGAUGCUGAUAAUGUUGUCAUGGAUAUUAGUGAUGGCCAAAUUGAGAGUAAUGUGCUGACUUCAGAAACUAGUUCCACUUCAAUCAAAAGAUUUAAAGACGCUGAAACACAAACAGACAAAAUGAUUACCGUUUGUACUCCUCUUCAAAAAGUUGAUGCAUAUUGUCAGUUUCCUGUGCAAUUAAGUGAGCCAGUAAUUCAUGACCAUUCAUAUAACAGCUUUUCUGAACCAAGCUCAAGUAGUGCAUUUGAAAUUUCCCGCAAUCUUAAUGUAGAUGAUGCAACUAAUGAUAAUGAUGUGGAAAGUGUUGAAUCAACUGACACGGAACACAAUUUUUUGGAAAGCGACAGUUCUUCCUGUGUAACAGAACAAGCCGAUUCGAAUUGUGCUCAUGAUUACAGAAUAUUAACGGAGCCUGAAGAUGAAACUAACCGAACUUUCAUUAUAUACGAAAGUCAGUUAAAACAAUUACUCAGAUUUUGCCCUGAUUGCGGGUCUCCAAUCGAUCCAGAAUUAACCGUUGAAACACAAAGAACUGGAGCAAUGCUUACUUUGCAACUUGCAUGUUUAAAUGGAUGUGAUGUGACAUGGCAUUCACAUCCAACCUCGCAAAAUAAAAGGAGCCUUGGAAAUAUCUUUUUGAUAUCUGCUUUGUACUUCAGCGGAAUGACUUUUUCUAAAUUUGUUGUUUUUGCUAAGCUGUUGAACCUAAAAUUGUUUCAUGAAUCAACUUACUACGCAUUGCGAAAAUCAUUUGUAUUUCCAGUUGUAGAACGAGCAUGGAAUCAGGAAAAAAGUAGAAUGAUCGAGUGUUUAAAAUCUGAAAAUCAACCCGUUAUGUUGGCCGGAGACGGCAGAUGUGACUCUCCGGGCCACAAUGCCAAAUACGGUACCUAUACGUUCUUGGAUGUUAAAACAUCAAAGGUUGUUGAUUUUAAGGUUAUUGCUGUGACUGAAGUACAAAACUCCAAUGGAAUGGGAAAAAAAGGCUUUAUUGAUGUCUUGGAGAGACUGAAAUCUGCUGGAAUAGACAUUGACAUUAUAAGCACCGACAGACAUAAGCAAAUUAGAAAAGUUUUACGAGAAGAUUACCCUGAAAUUGAACAUCAAUUUGAUCCUUGGCAUCUAUCAAAAUCAAUCAGCAAAAAACUAUCUGCAGUAUCCAAGAAAAAGGAUUGUUCGUUAUUAGCAGAAUGGAUAUCUUCGAUUGUAAAUCAUUUCUGGUUUUGUGCGGAAUCAUGUGAACAAAACGCUGUUUUGCUUCGAGAGAAAUGGUGUUCUAUUUUGUAUCAUAUUGUGAAUAUUCAUUCUUGGCAAGGAAAUGAGAUGCUACAUUGUUGUGAACAUGGUAUUUUAAGAGGCGAAAUGAAUACAAAAAAGAAGUGGCUCAAACAAGAAAGUGCAGCAUAUGAAGCGCUCGUAAAUGUAGUUACCAAUAAACAACUUAUAAAAGAUUUGGAGCAUGUAACAAAAUUUAUUCACACAACGUAUCUGGAAGUAUAUCAUUCAAUGUAUUUGAAAUAUCUACCAAAAUCCACUCAUUUUUCACAUGCUUGCAUGAAUAUAAGCAGCAUGUUGGCAGCACUUGAUCACAACCACAAUGUAACAAGACCUCAGGCGAUUUUCAAAAGUGGUGAGAAUGAAGGUGAGCCAAGAUACAAAAUAUUGUGGAGCAGAGUGCACAAAAAAUUCACUGCAAAAGAAGUUAAAUGUGAAAAAGAUCAUAGUUAUCUUUUUAAGAUGCUCACUGAUAUAAAAAUAGCUGUGGAUCAAGGAAACAUUGACGAAGCAUACGAAGCAGCAAUGGUGAGCAUCGCAGCUCCGACGGAUAAACCUGACAGAAACUGCAUAAUUGAAAAAACGAAAAAGCUGUCUCGAUUUCAUCAUUGACCUAAUUUUACUUGAACGAACUGUUUCUCUUACCCUUCAAUUUGUGGUACAUGAUAAUAAUGUAAAAUGUUACAUUGCUUAUUGUUUAAAUGCUUUAGUUUUGCACAACAGAGCAGCUACAUAAUUUGUUACACAGUUAAUUUACAGCGAACUUUUAUUUUACAUUUUGCAUUAAAAAUAUAAAAAACAGUAAAAUACAAAAACAGACUAAUUUAUCAGGGAUUAGAAGUUUGUAAAAAUCCUUUUACAUUUUCUGUUGUAGGCGGAAAAUAUUUCCUUAUAGUGGUGACAACACAUGAUGGUAAAAUCAUUCGGUUUUCACGACCGAUACGACCAUGAAUCCAACGCACAUAUUGUCUGUAAGCGAUAUGGCGAUACUUUGCAUUUUCCAUAAAAGAACUUUGAACAGUGGAAUAAAAUUGUUUGUAAGUAUUCCAGGCAACAUCUAAACUCCAUUUAUUCAAACAUACAGCACUGAAUCCAGGAUGUACUGUGAUGCAAUCACAUUCUUUGGCAGAACAUAUCAUUUCAAGUGUCUUGCUGCACUCCUUGCAACAAAUGCACUCUUUUGCAGUUUCUUGAAUACUGCAAUUGGAGCAGGAGCACCUGAUUAAAAAUAAUAAACAGUCCACAGUAGUAACAGAAGUUUUACAACUUGAAUUCUAGUAUGGCAGCUGGACAGGAGUAUAAGUUUACCGACUAACUGCGCCUAUUUGUGCAUAAACUCAUAGUUGAGAUUUCGCUAGUAUUUAGUAGUAGUUUUCGAGCUUGCUCUGCAGUUACAGUCUAGCAAUUAUAUUCUGAAUUUUCUAUAAUUCUAAGCUAUACUUUUUUCUGGUAUUAACCUGAUUAUGUUUGUCUAGAAUGAUUUAAUAUACUGAAGUUUUAUAUGUCUCUGACUUUUAGUUUUUACUUUCCUGUUACCAGCAUGAUAAUUCAGUAAGUCGAGAUCCAUCGCCGUGUUCUCGUCGAUGUUCUUCUUCCA